CGCAGCAAUAGAGACAAUAAAACAAAAACUCAAAUAUUAAAUCAAAAGAAGCAAGAUUCCAAAACCAACUAACACACACACACACACGCAAUGGAUAUCCUAGUACAAAAGCCCAUCUUCUCCAAUAGCGCAUACUACGAGCCGCCCUCGAGUGUUGUCUAUACGCCGUACAAUACGCCGCCGUACAUAAUACAACCGGUGGCCGGCAGUUGGCUGAGUGAACAGCAAUUGCCACAAAUGCAAUAUAUCCGAUUCCCAACGCCGCCCAUAACACCGCCAAGAGCUGCACCGUCUGCUGAAGCCGUUUCCGUUUCCGGGUCCGCUUCUGCUUCAGCUUCAGCUUCACGCACACAGUCCGUCAUCAUGAAGUGCCCCAGUUCCGGCUCCGGCUCCGGCUCUGGCUCUGGCUCACCCACACACACGUCCUGCAGCGAUCAAAGCGGCAGCAGCAGCUGCAGCGACUGCGACUUCAUAUGCAAUUGGCAUGAUUGCUCAAGAGUUUUCGAGUCCCUGGAGGCGCUCGCACAACAUGUCACAUUACGUCACGCCAUCGCCUCGCUGCACGACGGGCUCUACUACUGCCGCUGGAGCGGUUGUCAGCGCAGCGAUCGGGGCUUCAAUGCGCGCUACAAGAUGCUGGUCCAUGUGCGCACCCAUACCAAGGAGAAGCCGCACCGUUGCCAUCUGUGCGAGAAGUCCUUUUCGCGUGCCGAGAACCUGAAAAUACACAUCCGUUCGCAUUCCGGCGAGAAGCCCUACAAGUGCCACUUUGAGGGCUGCCUGAAGGCCUAUUCGAAUUCCUCGGAUCGGUUCAAGCACACGCGCACGCACUCCAUGGAAAAGCCCUAUAUGUGCAAGGUGCAGGGCUGUCAGAAACGCUACACGGAUCCCUCGUCGCUGCGCAAGCAUGUGAAGACGUUCAAGCACAGCAUUCAGCUGAUUGCCAGCCAGACGACCACCUGUAUGCUGGAGGCCAGCGAGCCAUCCUACACCUGCCUGAAAGCACCUGUACCUGCACCUGUAGCUGAAUCCACAGCCAACUACUAUCUGGAUUUGGCUGAGCGUGACAACGUGGCAAGCGAUUAUUCGCUGCAAGCCAAACACCAUAGCGAAUAUGCCAACUCCUCCUCCUCCUCCUCCGCCACCUCAUACUGGCAGCACAAUUAUCGUUAUCUACACAGUGAAGAUAUCAGCAUGGAUAUGGAUACACCAACGCCGCUCGAUUUGCGCGUGCACAGAACUUGAAGGAGUUAACAUAAUCUAAUCCUUCCACUUAACUCUAGUCAUCAGGCCAUUAUAGAGCUAGCCCUUGUCAUUAAUAUAAGCACUAUUAUUUAGUUUACAAUAAAGACUGUUUUCAAUUGAAUCACAAA